AAAAUUUGUUAUCGAUAUAAAUAAAAGAAAAAGCGAUUUAAUAACCAUUACUCUUUAAGAUAAUUUUGUCAGUUGAAAUGAAAAAGCAAAGAAUUUUCAAGUCUUAUCUAGGUGGGUGGCGACAUAAAAUUACCGGGGUAGAAUAUGUAAAUGCGACUUCCCAAACAGGACCUUUGCCAAAGCGAGGUCCACGGAAAAAUACAUGCAGUAGAGCGGUACAAUGUGUGCGAACGAAUGACGGAGCAACACAAUCGCUGCGUGACCGGGCGACGCAAAUGUGGCGAGAUGACUAUUAUGUACCUAACGAAAUGGAUAAAUACAUGACUGUAAAGUCUUAUGAAAGCUACAUUGACAUGCAGUUACGACUUGAUGUAAAUCAAAAGGCACGUAUAAUUCAAAGAAAUUACCGGGCAUAUCGAUGGAGGAAAUAUAUCAAGGAAUGCGCGAAAGUUUAUCGCGAUAUGCUUGAGAAAUGUAAAGGAUAUGAAGAGGAGAAAGCCAUUGCAAACAAAUUGCGACAUAAACAGAAUAUUCUUCGCCAAAUAUAUCCGCGAUCGAGAGCGGACUUUGACAUGCUUUACAGUCUGAUUGAAAGAUGGAGAAUCGAUCGUUUGAAGGACAUAAAGUCGCGACUGUUCAAAGCAGGUCAGCGUGCUGAGAAUUACAGGAUUUUAGAGAAGACGGUGAAAAUGUUCAAUAACAUCGAUAUACAUAAGCAAGCGAUCCAGAGAUCGUAUCGAAAGCAAAAGGUUCUCAGAUUUUUAACAGUGAAUUGCAAGCCUAUACGAUGGAGCGGUUACAAGGGCAAACUUGUGGAGAUGGUCACUAUAAAAAAUCAAAAGGCUCAGGAAUUCAAAAAAAUUUAUGACGCAUUGAACAAUCGUGACGUUAGUUCAGAGAAACGAAUGAAAUUAUUGACAACACUGAAAAAGUCAGUUGAAGUGCACAAUUGUGUAGAGGCAUUCGAUUUGUUGUCUUUGUUGGAUCAAGAGGUUGCGUUGUUAAAUCGAAAGAUUGAGGGUUUAUCGCUCGAUUAUUUAAACGAAAGGAUAACGCAUACUUACUUGAAUUUUGUAAGAAUAGAUGGUAUUUGCGGUUGUGAAUGCGUCACUACGGAGUCUAAGGAUAAUGAAUUGCGAGAACCUUUAGAAACAGAAACGAAACUUUGUCAAAAUUGUUUAAAGCUUCUCCCCAUCCGUAGAUUUUUACCACAUACUAGAAUGAAGAAAUUAUCAAUUUGCAGCAGUUGCAGUUCUCUAAGUCGACGUAAUAUCGCCCAUGUGGAUUACGAUCCUUACAUGUAUAUAUUGAAUUCCGUGCGUGCUGAGGAGAAACGUCGAGGCAGCACUUUCGCUUUGGCGUUUAUGAUGCAAGAGCAAGAUAUUUAUCACUUAGUUAAUCACAUUUGGCAAGGACAAUCGGCAGUCAGCAAGACUACAGAUCUUUUUAAUCUGAGAAUGGUCAGAUAUCAAAGAGACGUCGAAUGGGCGCCUUGGAAUUGCAUUCUUCUUACGAAGGACGAAGCCGACAUACAUUAUUACAUUGAUGAUCUUGAUACGAUAUAUUCGAAGCAUUUGAUCAGCCAGAUUAAUUUGCGACAUCAGAUUGCAAAGAAUUAUUUCAAACAGCUGAUUAUUUUUGAAAAAGAUUUCCGAGAAUCUUGUCGUUUCUCAAAGAUUGAAAAUGGGAUAAAGUACAAACCACCGGUAACCGUAGAAAAUUACGAUCCAUCUAAAAAAUAUAAACCAUGAGAAGAAAUUAUAUCAUACUACAUUUGAUGAAUAAACUCCAAUUAAAUCUCUUCGUAACACAUUUAUCAAUCAAUUCAAUUUUAAUGUAGCGAAUUAUUGCUAUUACGAAUUAUAUAUUGAUAUAACGAUUGGUCAGAGAUUUAAUAAACUUUUAUUAUACAGAA